AUGGCGAUAUGGCCGUUUGGUCGGAAAAGUAAGCGGCAUACCAUCCAGUUGGAUGCAGGUGCUAUGGGAGAUAUCCACCUGCCGCAGGAACUUCGUCAUAGUUUGGACAAUACUAAAGUGGGAAGAAAACCUUCACGCAAGCAGUCUAAGCGUCAAAAAAACAGGCAUUCGAACCCCGUUGUCGAUCUUUCGCACCCGUUGAAUGAAGCUUCGCCUCCUUCUACACAGCCCACUUUGCACCCUCCACCUACGCCAGACGGCGAGCAAGUUGGCCCUAUGAGAGGUACACGAGACCAACCUUCCCGGGUAGGCUACCGUCCCGAUGGCCAUGCCUCACGUUCUACUGUUGGUCAGGAUCAGCCUCCGCUACAUCGAAAUCCAUCGCUCUUGAAAUCUAAACGAAAUGAUAAUGGCCCCACGGUGUUGAGGAAGAAGCUGAGCAAGCGGAAAGCCUAUGAGAUCGCUAGAGAGCGGGAAAUCCGUCUGAUGGCCUCAUGUCCAAUUGAAAUUCCCUAUCGGUCAGCAACUUUACCUUUAGACCACCUGUCGGUGGAUACCAGACAACCCCCAAGGAGUCAUAGUCGACGUUCAGACCACCAUCAGUCAGAUGCCAGUCUUUCGUUCCGUGACUCAUCGUCUUCCAUGUCCGACCUUGUCGAAUCAUACACUUUCAAGGUGAACGGUUUCUCUGCUUGGACCCCUCGUCCUGUUAUCCGUUACGUAGAAGCCCCUCGAGUUCCGACCGCCAAAAGCCAGAAGACAUCCGAGGGUUCAACCCGGAAAGAAAAGACACCGGCUGUCUCCGUUUUCGAAGAGAGUGCUUGCUCAAGGAAAAGAGUAGAUAGGCUGGCAGAUGAUCUCGAUGCAGGUGCUUUAAGGGAGCUGUUAGAAAGAGAUCGUCGGCGAAGGGAGAGAAAACAGGUUGAAGACCAAGAAAAGCUGCAUCGCAAACUGCAACACGCCGCUGAACAACAGAAACUGGAAGCGGAACUCAUCUCGUCCCAUGAUCACCUAGAUGAAAAGCAGGUCCCAUCGGAGGUUCAGCGGGGUCGGCCAGGUGCUGGAAACCAAGCUGAGCUCGUUCGCGCCGGUGAAGAUACUUCCAAGGUAGACACGAUAAACUUUUUGCAGCCUGGCGAGCCCACUGAUUCUUGGUUGCGAGACGUUUCGAAAGACGCUGAUCGAAACGCCCAUGAAUCUCUCGAAAGUGCCCAUGUCAUAGGCAACGUCGUCGAUAGCUCUAUUCAGGGACAGAAGCUCGAUAUCCGACGUAGUUUUGCCCCAUCCCAAGAUAUGGGCAUGUCGCGAAGUACUUUGUCGCCUUCGCAGUCGCCGUCUCGACAUGGGCUCAACAGCCCAUCCUCGUCACAGGUCUAUGGAAUGGGCCGAGAGUCAGCCUCGGAUGUAUCGAGGACCGUCGAUUCUGAACGACGCCUGUCCGACAAUAGUGGGCGAAUGAAUAUGAUAUCGUCGAUUUUCAGACGAGGCAGUUCACGUCUCAAACGGAGAUACCGUGAACGUUUCCAAGAUCGGGGUUCAGAAAUCUCAAACACGUCACACGAAUCUUUCUUCAAGAUUUCCACCCAGUCAUCUGGACCACCGCCAUAUGUCCCUCCCAAGACAUUCCUUCACUCUGGUGCCAUCAAACGUUCACAAUCCAAGUUCACUGAACAUUUCGGGGAUGAGCCUCUUUCGCCCCCUGACUCACGACUUCAAUCACCUGAUAUCCCAGAAGAGCCUAUGGAUCAACUGGAGGUCGAAAAAGAAAAGACUAAUAUGCAUAUUGGCUCCCAGUAUCCCAUCCCCGAUUCCGAUUCGGAGCUGCAAGAUACCAAUGGAGACCGCCAUCAAUCCUGGGCUGGUGAAAGCCUUGAAUGUGAUGCGGAGAAUGUGCCCCUGUCCCAGUCGCUGGCAUCGAUCGACUCAGAAGGUUCUUGGAUGUCAGGGCAGUUCCUACGCCGCAUUUCUCAGAGGACUAGUAAUGCAGCUCGGCCCAGUCUUAGCUCCUCCAGGAACAGGUUGGAUGGAGGUAGUGAAAGCCCUACGAAGGGAGUUGAGGGGGUUGAUGAUGAUCAAUUAGUCAAAUUCAGUACCAACACUGAUGAGCCUGUCCGAGCCAGCCAUGCCAUCAGCGAGCAUGACAACGACUUUGAUAUGGUCCAGGCGCCGGAGCCCGCUGCAGAAACUUGGCAUGAUCAUGUUGCCAGGCGGCCGGUUCUCGUGAAUCCCAUUAUUCGACCAAAAUCAAACGAAGGGCUUCUGAACACUGUUCAAUCAUUGUCUCCCAUCUCUAGUCCUAUCGAGGAGCAUUCUGCUGAAUAUCAUUAUGUUGAAGAUAAUUGGAUAUGA